CGACGAUUUGCUGUUCGAAUCCAGAUGGAUUGCGAAACUGGCGAGAGGCUUUGCGACAAAGAGACGGGAGAGAGUCCGGCAAAACACGAGACGAACCAGGAGACCGGAGAGUGCGAAAUCAACUGCGUCGGACCGCGGAGACCGUUCAAAAUACCGACAGAGUACAUAAGGCAGGACACGUUGGAGGAGACGAGGAAGUUCGACAAGAUGAUGAGCAAAUCUAGAACGCGCAACCGGAUCAGCCCGACCGUCCUGUUCCUCCUUCCGACGCUCGUCUUCUUCAGCCCGAUAGUAUCAAUUUUCUUAGGAAUAGUCGAGAUCAGUCUUCACAUCUGGGCGCACAAGAAGAACAAAUCGUUGACCAACAGAGAUCAUUACUACCAGAGCCCGUUGCACAUCAUACUCAGCGAAUUCUGCGCCUCGUGUCUGGACGAGAGGAUGAAGAUGAAAAUUACGAAAAUACAGGACAGGAAGAACAGCAGGUUCAUCAAGUACGGAAUCGAGUACUUCAGGCGCAUCGUCAAAUAACAAUAAACGAUUACGAAC